AUGUCAUCGCCUCCUCCAGCUAAAAAGCAAAAGCAAUUCGCCUCCACCACGUCUCCUCACACCAAUAGAGAGGUACCAGCGCCUCAGGCGCCGCUGGCACCCAAACCCAAUGCCGAACUGCUUCACCCACCGGCUUCGCCGCCAAAUCCACGCAAGCGACGGGCAUCACACAGUCCCAAGCUGAAUACGCUUCCUCCAGGCACGGCUUUGCCCUCAGAUUCCGCACCGCCAAAUGCUCAAAUGGCGGCUUCACCGGCGGACGAGACGGGCAAAAAGCGCGGGCGGACCAACACGCCGUGGACUCCCCAGGAAGAACAGCGAUUGAAGCAAAUGCGUGAUGCCGGGCACAGCUGGAAUGAGAUCGCAAAGGCUUUCCCUGCACGAACCGAAGGCAGCGUGAAGAAGCACUGGUACAAGGAUAUGCACUAUGCCGAGUUUGCUGAAGACGAGUCGGCAGCACUUCGCGAAGCUAUCAAAGAAUACGAAGCCAAUAAGUGGAAAGCAAUCGGGCAGAAGCUCGGCAAGCCAGCCAAAGCAUGCGAACAAUACGCAAAGGAGCAUUUCAAGAAUGGUUGA